GUGGUACAAAGUUCAAUAUUGGUCCAAUAUCUAGUUCAAAGUACACUAUUUCUACGGUCGAACAAUUAGGUCGAACUAUUAGGGUUAUUUUUCAUUCACAUUUGUGGAUUACAUUCUAGAGAAGGUGAAGCCUAUAAAGAAGAAAAAUGAUCCGUGGGGCCAAAAUCUUAAUUCAGCAGCAGGUUAAUACACAAACAAUGACAGUAAGAUAUCUACGGACUUCAAUCAUUCGGCCAGCUCAGGCUGCUGUGGCAGAAACGCCGAAACCGCACCAGGAAGAGAACCUUUCUUUUGUCAUGAAUCUCUUCCGAGGGCAAGUUGAACAUCGUCAGAUCUUCCCCUACCCUAGGGUCCUAAAUGAAGAACAAACAGAAACCCUUCAGAUGUUAGUCGAUCCAACUGAAAAAUUUUUUAAAGAAAUAAACAACCCUGCCAAAAAUGAGGAAUUAGAAAAGGUUGAGGAUAACACUAUUGCUGGACUUUGGGAACUUGGAGCUUUUUCUCUACAAGUACCUCAAGAGUUUGGAGGUUUAGGUUUGACCAAUACCCAGUAUGCUAGAUUAGUAGAAAUUGUGGGAGCAAAUGACUUAGGUGUAGGAAUUACUCUAGGAGCUCAUCAGUCCAUUGGUUUCAAGGGAAUCCUACUCUACGGUACUCCCGAGCAAAAAGAAAAAUACCUACCUAAAGUUUCUAAUGGUACUUGGGCUGCAUUUUGUUUAACAGAACCAUCUUCUGGAUCAGACGCUGGUUCUAUUAAAACUAGAGCGGAGUUGUCUCCAGAUGGAAAACAUUUUAUUAUGAAUGGAUCAAAAAUCUGGAUCAGUAAUGGAGGAUUGGCUGAGGUAAUGACAGUUUUUGCUCAAACGCCGGUCAUCGAUUCGAAAACUGGAAAGACCACAGAUAAAGUUACUGCAUUUAUUGUUCAGAGAUCUUUUGGAGGAGUGACCAGUGGCCCGCCAGAGAAAAAAAUGGGUAUAAAAUGUUCUAAUACUGCAGAGGUAUAUUUUGACAAUGUCAAAAUUCCAGUAGAGAAUGUCCUUGGCGGUGUUGGUAAUGGCUUUAAAGUUGCUAUGAACAUUCUAAAUAACGGAAGGUUUGGCAUGGCUGCAGCGCUAUCAGGAACUAUGAAAACCUGUAUUAAGAAAGCUGUUGAUUUUGCAAAUCAGAGAAAACAAUUUGGCCAAAUAAUUACAAAUUUUGGAGGUAUUCAAGAGAAAUUUGCUAGAAUGGCAAUGUUACAUUAUGUUACCGAGUCUAUGGCCUAUAUGAUCUCAGGAAACAUGGAUACUGGGUCACAACAUUACCACUUAGAAGCAGCUAUUUCAAAAUGUUUUGCAUCAGAAGCUGCUUGGAAUGUAUGUGAUGAAGCCAUUCAAAUCAUGGGCGGAAUGGGAUAUAUGAAAGAAACGGGUUUAGAAAAAAUCAUGAGAGAUUUAAGAAUUUUUAGAAUUUUUGAAGGAACUAACGACAUUCUUCGUCUUUUUGUUGCACUUACAGGGAUUCAAUAUGCGGGAGCUCAUUUAAAGGAGCUUCAAUCAGCUUUUCAAAACCCAACAGCUAACCUUGGUCUAAUUUUUGAAGAGGCAUCAAAGAGAGUUGGCAGAAAGGUGGGUUGGAGUUCACCACCUUCAAUGGAGCCCCAUAUUCACAAAGAUCUUGCACAGGCUGCUUCAGAGCUCGCUAUUAGCGUUGAUUCUUUCGGUCAAUCGAUUGAAAUGGUACUUAUCAAAUAUGGGAAGAGCAUAGUAAAUGAACAGUUUAUCUUAAAUAGAAUCGCCGAUGCUGUUUUCGAUAUAUAUGCUAGUGCGGUUGUUUUAAGCAGAGCUUCUGCAGCUUUGAAGGAAGGGGGAAAUACCGCUCAACAUGAAAAGUUAAUGGCCGAGGGUUGGACUCUUGAGGCAACUCAAAGAGUCUCUGUUAAUUUGAAAAUGAUAACAAGUGGCAAAAACUUGGCGAAUUUUACUAAAAUGAGUUUAAUAAGUAAAAACGUAUUUGGAGCCGAAGGAGUAGUACAACUAAAUCCAUUAAAACUAUAAUUUAAAUAUUGGUUUAAUCGUAUUUCUAAUUGUUAAAAGUGUGUGUAUAUAAUUGGAUUGUUUUGUUGGGAGUAUAUAUUGAUAUUUUACCUUUAUACAUUUACAUUGAAUAUUCACUACAUCCGUACCUUAUAAAUAAAAUUUGGUAGUAUUUUUGUA